AUGCAAAAGUUCACAAGAUAUUCUGAACUAAAUGCAUGCCUGCUUGUUGCAGAGCAAAACAACGAGCUCUUGAUGAAAAACCAUGAAUCUCUUCCAACAGGAUCAGUAGCACUUCCUGAAGAAAAUACUACAAAUACUUAUGGUAAUCGAAACAAUACACGUGGACGAGGGCGUGGUCGUGGCAGAGGACGAGGCCGUGGCUAUUUUAAUCGAAACCAAAGCCAUAAUCAAAACCAUAAUUUUGGUCGUGGACAAGGUAAUAAUCGUGGUCGCGGCCAGAAAAGACAUAAUUAUCAAUCUUCACAAAUAAGCAAUGUCCAUACACAAGAUAAGACCAAAGUGUCAAAACAUGAUGCUGGGACGUCACAAAAAUCAGAUGGUUCAUGUUAUAGAUGUGGUAGCAUAGGUCAUUGGUCAAGGACCUGUCGCACACCUGAAAAUCUUUGUCAACUUUAUCAAGAGUCCAUUAAAGGAAAAGGAAAAGAAGCAAACCUCAUUGAUAAUGUUGAAUUCACUCCGCUAAAUGUUGCUGAUUUCUGCAAUGACAUGGAAAACAUAAACUAA